UCAUGAUAAAAUAUAUUGCUAAUGAAUAAAUAUGACUGUUUUGCCAAGACAUAGCUCAAGGCAAACAAGAAAACUUAGUUUUUAUUAUUCAAAGUCGCGAAGAAAAAUUGGCCCGUAAUCAAAUUGCGGAGUUGAGUAAUUAUUUGUGACAYACAUCUAUUCUUUAAAGCUAUCCAUCCAAUGCCUUUGUAUAUCCGUAUAUUUCGUAUUUAGACCAAUUUUCCCUGAACAUCUGCAGGAGCUAAACGUCUUCAAAACACUACUUUUGUAAACAAAUUUGCUAGCCACAAAAUACGGUGAAUUGAAUUUUCUUUUAUUAAUAUUUACCUAGCAAGAAUAGUCACUUGUCUUUCUGAAGCUUCUGGUGGUCUCCGCGACAUGAUAUCAAUUYCAAUCAUAACUAUUAAUUGUCGUUGUUCUGGCCAAUCGUGGCUGAUCUGCAUGUUUGGUGCUCAAAUAUUUAACUAAAGAGUAUGCUCGAGUCAGAGGGCUGYAGUCUUUUGUAAAAAAGGAUCGGAUCUGAUAGAAUUAGAUUCUAAGAUAGCUGUCGCCUAAGUUCAUUUCGUCAGUGAAGGUAAAUUUCGUGGGAGUGCUGUCUGUGCGAUGCCKUUUGGAAGAAGCACACAAUGUGCCAAUGUUUGGGCACCUGAAAAGCUUUCCUUGUCCACCUCAAUAAUAACUGGAAUUCUCUCAGUGGUGACUGUUCCUGGAAACAUGCUUAUUUGUMUGGCAAUGUUCAAGGAUCCUCAUGGAAACCUGAGAACAUCUUUUAACUUUUUCGUUCUCAAYUUAGCACUUUCUGACUUAGUGACAGGGUUAGUUACCGAGCCAAUAUUUGUCUGGUUUCACGCGAAGGARGCUCAUGGAGAUCCAGUAAUGGGUUYCCUGUGGAUGGUUCACGUUCUUUACUUUAUAUCAUGUUUGGCUUCUUUGCAGAGUAUUGCUGCACUGGCUUUGGACCGAUACCUCACGGCUACUUCAAAAUAUCGACGAAAUUUUCCYGUCCAAAAGGCUAUAUACAUUUCAAUAGCAAUCUGGAUUAUCUCGAUUGGAUUGUCUAUGAUUUACUUUACAACCACAUUCUAUAAAUAUGUUUUGGUUUUCUCCACUGUCGCUACAAGCUCAACGCUUGGAAUUAUUAUAUUUUCUUAUGURMGGAUCUACCACAGUCUUCAUACUCACAUUGAAAGUACCUCCUCUUCAGACAAAAGAGUUAAAGAAAAGCUUCUGAACUACGAGAAAAAGACGACAAGAGCUUUCCUCUAUAUAUUGCUAGUCUUCGCCAUGUUUAGCAUCCCAUCAUGCACCAUGGCCUACGUCAUCAACUUUUGCGUCACGUGUCCUUGUGAUGUCAUUCAUUGGYUGAGAGACUUUCAGUUCCUGCUUGCAUUAUUCAAUAGUUCCUCGAAUCAAUUUYUGUAUGCACUGCGCAUGCCUAAGUUUCUUCAAGCGAUAGGAAGCUUGCUGAGAGUUAUUCCAUUCGUACCAUAUUGUUUGAACGUUGUUGGAGUAGCAAAGGAGCAGUCGCAYUCMAACAUYAAAGGACUUGAYGAUAUUGCAUCGGACAGGUCAAAGUCAAAACAGUAAAGCUAUACAUUGAAGCCCACAUAUCAGCUAUUAUUCAUGACCAUUGUCCAUAUGUUUAUUAUUGAUUUCCAAAAGACUGAGRAUUGGUAGUCAUUGAUAAUAUGAGGAUGAACUGUAAAAGGGGAAUCUCAGCAUUUUGAUGAAUAUAACUAAAGAACAUGAAAAAACAUACAAAAUGAUAAAAGAAAAAAAACCAAAAAAUCACGAUGUGUACAUAAUUAUACAAUAUAUCGUGAAUGACAAAGAUGAACCUUACACACGUAUAAUAUCAUUUCAUAUACACUUGAAAAAAGGUGCACUUUAAACUCUGUAAAUUUUAUAUAAAAUAUCCUAUAAAUACUCACUGGAAAAAAUCGCGCAC